CUUGCUGGUAAAUCCCCACUAGAAGAGGCAAUCGUUGACUCCCUUGCGGAUCAGUAUGCAGAUUAUCGCGUUGAGAUCAAGCCAUGGUGGAGAACUGUUAUUGGAGAAAGUGAGGGUGAUGUGGUAAGUUUAAAACGGCAUGAUUAUCUGAGCUUCUUGCUUGAGCAGCUGAAGAUAGAUGUCGUCCUUCCCGCUCGCGACAAAUUUCUUGGUUUCAUCACCAAAUUUCUUAAAGAAAACAAAUCUGGGUUCCUGGUUGGCGACUCGGUCACUUGGGUAGAUGUGUUGAUAUCUGAACAUUGCGCCACUAUGGUAGAAUCCUUCAUACCAGAAUUUCUUGACGGCUAUCCUGAAGUAAAGAACCAUAUAGAAAAGGUUCGGGCCAUUCCUAAUUUGAAGAAAUGGAUCGAGACAAGGCCAAAAACUAAGUUUUGAUU